AUGGCGAGUGGCGUGGUUGGCACCGCUGACCUGACCCUCAUUGAGGCUCCGGUCACCUGGCGCGCAUAUUUGAUCUGUGGCUUCGCAAGCUUCGGUGGAAUCCUCUACGGAUAUGACUCGGGAUACAUCUCUGGGGUCCUCGGUAUGGACUACGUCAAAGAACACCUCGGACACGCCGUCCCCAAGGAUAAGGAUAACCCAACCGGUUUUGUCAUCCCCACCUCUCGCAAGUCACUCAUCACUUCCAUUCUCUCUGCCGGCACUUUCGUUGGCGCCGUGUUUGGAGGUGCUUUUGCCGAGUGGAUCGGUCGCCGUCUGACUAUCUUGCUCUCUUGCCUGAUCUUCUCCAUCGGUGUCGCCGUCCAGGUUGGUACUACCAGCGUCGGUGGCCUCGUUGCCGGCCGUCUUGUUGCCGGACUGGGCGUUGGUGGUGUCUCUUCGGUCGUUAUUCUGUACGUUUCUGAGAUCAGUCCUCGUCGUGUCCGUGGUCUUCUCGUCUCCGCCUAUCAGUGGGCCAUCACGAUUGGUCUCCUGGUGGCUUCCGUCGUCGAUCAAGGUUGCAAAGACCGCACUACCGGCUCUUCCUAUCGGAUUCCCAUUGGCUUGCAGUUCAUCUGGGCGGCAAUUCUCGCAAUUGGUCUGUUCUUCCUCCCCGAGUCCCCUCGCUACUAUGUGAGCCGUAAUCGCAUGGAUGAUGCUAUGAGGUCUCUCGAGCGAGUCCGUGGUCAGCCCCGAUCCAACCCAGCCAUCUCAGCCGAGUUGGCGGAGAUCAAAGCGAACUACGAUUAUGAGAUGCGGCUUGGGGGAAGCUCAUGGUCAGAUUGCUUUACGGGUGGUAUGAAGCCCCGGGGCAAUCUGCGUCGUGUUCUUGCCGGUGUGUUUUUGCAGAUGUUCCAGCAAUGGACUGGCAUCAACUUUAUCUUCUAUUAUGGUACCACGUUCUUCCAGCAGAUCGGGAUGAGCAACGCGUUCUUGAUCUCGGUCAUCACGAACGUCGUCAAUGUAGCGACAACCCCUGCCUCAUUCUACAUGAUUGAGAAAUUCGGAAGACGCAGCCUUCUGAUCUGGGGUGCCGUUAUCAUGUGUCUCUGCGAGUUCAUCGUUGCAAUUGUCGGUGUUGCCCUCCCCGCAGAGGCUCACGCAGCAAACAUCUGCCUCAUCGUCUUCGUUUGCUUCUACAUCGCCGCCUUCGCCACAACCUGGGGACCCGCAGCCUGGGUAGUCAUCGGAGAGAUCUACCCCCUCCCAAUCCGCGCCAAGGGCGUCGCCCUAGCCACAGCCUCGAACUGGCUCUGGAACUGCGUCAUCGCCGUCAUCACACCAUACCUUGUGGACAAGGAGUACGGAAACCUGAAAUCAAAGGUCUUCUUCGUCUGGGGCAGCGCCCUCUUCCUAUGCCUGCUCUUCGCCUACUUCGUCAUCCCCGAAACAAAGGGCCUGACCCUGGAACAAGUCGACAAGAUGCUCGAAGAAACCACCCCCAGCACCAGCGCCAAGUGGAUUCCUCAUGAUACAUUCGCGCAUGAAAUGGGCCUUGUGGAGUUCGGUGGCCCCAGUGCCGAUGAGACCAAGUCUACGGUCUACAUGGAACAUUCCGAUAAGCCUAUCGCCGAAGCUCACCCUGGUGUUCGUCCCUACGGCCACAUGCCUGCUGGUAUCUAA